CCCAGUGUGUCAGGGAGAGGAGUGUGCACAAUGGAUGCAGCUACUCUAACAUACGAUACCUUGAGGUUUGGUGAUUUUGAAGACUUCCCGGAAACAAAAGAGCCUGUUUGGAUUUUAGGAACCAAGUAUAGUGCACUCACAGAUAAAGAUGAGAUCUUUGCAGAUGUCACUUCACGGCUCUGGUUUACCUACAGGAAGAAUUUCUCUCCUAUUGGAGGCACAGGGCCCACCUCCGAUAAUGGCUGGGGCUGCAUGUUGCGAUGUGGACAGAUGAUCUUGGCUCAGGCUCUCAUCUGCAGACAUUUGGGUCGAGACUGGAGGUGGGAAAAUGGGAAACAGCAAAGGGAUGAAUAUUACAGCGUACUGAAUGCAUUUCUUGACAAAAAGGAUAGCUACUACUCCAUUCAUCAAAUAGCUCAAAUGGGAGUCGGAGAGGGGAAGUCGAUUGGUCAGUGGUAUGGACCAAAUACAGCAGCACAAGUAUUGAAGAAGCUGACAUUUUUUGACAACUGGAGCUCAUUGGCAGUUCAUGUGGCGAUGGAUAACACAGUAAUAAUCGACAGCAUCAAGAUGCUAUGCCAGUCUGAGAGUACAUAUGGAGGGGCGGCAGCAGCAUUUCCUCAAGCCGAUGGGCCAAGACGGUUCAAUGGGUAUCCGUCGGGUGCAGACUCCUCAGAAGAUGCAUUGUCAUGGAAACCGUUAGUAUUGCUAAUACCCCUGAGGCUGGGGCUCAGUGAAAUCAACGAAGCAUACAUCAAAACACUAAAGAAAUGCUUUAUGUUGCCACAGUCUCUAGGAGUCAUUGGUGGAAAGCCAAACAGUGCCCAUUAUUUCAUCGGCUAUGUAGAAGAUGAACUGAUCUAUCUUGACCCACACACAACCCAGCCUGCGGUGGAGUCAUUUGAAGACUUCUCUAUACCAGACGAGAGCUUCCACUGUCAGCACCCUCCCUGUAGAAUGAACAUCGGUGACCUGGACCCUUCCAUUGCAGUGGGGUUUUUCUGCAGCACCGAAGAGGAUUUUAACGAUUGGUGUCAAAGAAUGAAAAUGAUUUCACAAGAAAAAGAUGCCCUACCAAUGUUUGAGCUGAUGGAUCACCAGAACACUCGCUUCCCUGAUGUCCACUGCCUUACGCCUGACUUUACAGAUUCUGAAAGGCUGGAACGGUUCUUUGAUUCUGAAGAUGAAGAUUUUGAGAUCCUCUCAUUAUAAUAGGAAUUCAGCUUUGAAAGCAAAGUGUUGGUGAUUCUCAUGCUGCCAGUAUUCUGAAGAAGCAGUAAAUUGGCGCAGGUUUCAUGAAUUCACAUCAUCAUCAGUGCACUGGGGUUCUCGGAUGGUGCGUAUUGUACUGGUCGCUGCUGAGAACAAAUAUUCCUCAUCUGUGAGCUAGCUCAGAUCUCCCUGCAGACUACUUGAUGAUUAAAUGCAAACCUGCCUCUCUGCUUUAUCAGCACAUCAUAUUUACCAUCCACUUCAGCAACAGGUUUUUUGUUGUACUUUAGCAGCGUAUUUGGACGACAUAAAUUGAAAACUCCUGCUGUUCUAUCCAGCAGCUUGUUCUUCAGCAGUCCUGCAGCAACAGAAUGGCUUCCAGUUGGAUUUAAGGCAGCAAUAUAAAAUAAAAAAUAGUGAGAUUGCAGACAGCUUGGAUUCUCUGUCACAUCAGGAACCUAUUUUAAACCAUCUCUCUCCAAGCUGAAUCAGAUCAGCAGUUUGCUUAGGUUACACUGAGAAUUGUGGUACAGGUAUGCAAGUGUUUCUUGUUAAAGGAGUGUAUUUGAUUACAUUCUUUAUAUUGGAGAGAUUUUGUUUUCUCUUAGAAAAGUUGGACCAACUAUCUUUGUUACCCUCAGCCCCAAUCAAAAGGUUUGAAGUACAUAGACUAUCUUAUGUUUAAUGAGAAAGAAAAGUUGUGCUGUACAAUAACAUCAUUGUGCUCAGUUUUCAGAUUUUGGACAGGUUUUGGAGACACAGGGAACAACUUAGUGAUGACCUCACUGAUCCUAGAAUCAGUUUGAGAUCUGAAUAUGGGGACCACAUGACUCAUGAAUCCUUACAAAGGAAUUACUUAAGUAAGGUACCAGUUACACCUCUGAGUAACAUAGUUGCCUGAGAGAAAGUUGUAGAUACAAGUCUCAUUCCAAAGCAUGAACACAAAAAGGCCAGGCUCACAUUCCGAUAGAGCAUAUACAGUAUUAAGGGUACCAUCUCUGUAAUGAAAUUUUGUGGAGGCCCUAUCUGCCAUUCCACAUUGGAUCUAAAUUAUCUCACUGGGUAAUUUAACAAGAGCAGAAACACUGUCCCCCCCAUGUUGUCCUGUAACCAGCACUAAAAUGGGUAAUCUGAUCAUGAUCAAACUCCAUUGUUGGAACUUUACUUGUAUGCAGAUUAACUCCUGUAUUUAUCAGUAUUAAAAGACAGCCCAAGCUUCAGUGGCUGACUGGUGAUUUAGAACAUUAAAUCAUAAAGACACUGUACAAACUGAAUACUUUUAAUCAGCAGCUUGAGGUAGAUAUGUAUUGAAUAUACUUUAUAUCUCAGACAGCUAAUUCCUGCACUACCUUAGAUGACAGUGGUUCAGUUUGACCCUCUCCCCAUCUAUACCAACAACACAAUUUCUUUAAAGCUGAGAUUGUUUGAAUAGUAGGCACAGUAAAACAUAACAGUUUAUAGAAGUAGGUUUGCACUAAACUCGAGAAAUAUCAAUUAACUACUCCAUAUAAUUAAUACAAGUUGAACUCUUAAUUGUAUGAAGUUACUAACAUCUUCAUAAAUACUGUUUUUUAGUAAUUCAAUGUACACAAGCAAUUAAGCAAUGUGUGUAUUGGAAUGUAAUGAAGGUACACGUCAUUGACCAAGUGGUGGGAUGUUAACAACUUGAGGUAAAUUCUACAGGCAGUCCUGAGCUAUUGGCCUUUGUUGAAAACUGUACAAGUCCCAUGGUUUUGUUUAGGAGGAUGGCAACAUGUUUAAUACAGGAGAUGGUGAAGAGGUGUGACCUUGGUCUUCAGUGAAAAGGAUGGUACAUUGAAGGUGAAAGGGCCAGAUUUACCAGCACACUGAUGUUCACUCUUAACCUUGUUCAAAUAGCACCUAUUUAAAGAGGCUGAUUAAGUGGACUGCUGAACUGUAAUACCUAAAUAAAUUGUUUAUAAUGUAAUAAUGGCUGAAAAGAUU